AUGAUUCUCAGUUUUAGUUGGUUUUGCUAUUUGGCACUAGGGGGUCUACCUCUGGUGUGUGGUUCCUGUAUUUCACAGUGUAGCUGUUUCUACCAUAGCCUCAGUGAUGGGUCUAAAGCAAGGAGUGUUCUCUGUAACGACCCGGAGAUGUCUUCAGUACCGGCGAACUUUCCUUUCGAUACCUCCAAAUUACGAAUUGAGAAGACGGCUAUUAAGAGGGUUCCAAGUGAAGCCUUUCAUUACCUAUCAAACCUGGAAUUUCUCUGGAUGUCCUUUAAUUCUUUGUCCACUGUGCAUGCAGACAGUUUCCGCGGUCUAUACAAUCUAGACGAGCUAAGACUGGAUGGCAAUGCCCUCACUUAUUUUCCCUGGGAAUCAAUUGUUGACAUGCCCAACCUACGGCUACUUGAUUUGCACAACAAUCAACUUACUUCUCUGCCAUCAGAGGCAAUUGCUUACAUGAAAAACAUCACAUACUUGGAUCUAUCCAGCAAUAAUCUGGUUACUGUGCCUUCAGAACUAAUGGCAGCUUGGCUGAGUGUGAAGCCAACCCAAGGUGCCUACAUUGACAAUUCAAAGAUUAUUCUAGGCCUCCAUGACAACCCCUGGUUUUGUGACUGUCGGCUUUAUGAUCUGGUCAAUUUUCUGAAGUCUCCAUCAUCUUCAGUGGCAUUUAUAGAUGGCAGACUGAGAUGUUCUGAACCCGAGAGUCUCUCUGGAGUCUUGUUUAGUGAGGUUGAACUGAGGCAAUGCCAGAUGUCAACAGUACACGCUGCUGUUGCCCGAGUAACUACUCCGGUGGGUAAAAAUGUACAACUCCGAUGUAGCACCAUCGGGGUACCAAUCCCAGAGUUCAAAUGGAGAAGAGCUGAUGGAAAACAACUGAAUGGGACAGUGCAACAGGAAAUCUCAAAAGACGGGAUCAUUUGGUCUAUAUUUAGUAUACCUGUUGUAUCAUAUCGUGACUCUGGCAAAUAUGUCUGCAGAGCAACAAAAUUUGUGGGGAGUGCUGAAGCUAUAAUUUCUCUUGUGGUAACGGAUGUUGCAAGUGCCGAAAAUCAAACCACUUCCCCCACAAAGAAAACACAGAUUAAGAGACCCAGUGGAGCGUGGAAAGCUGCUUACCAAGAAAUGCUGGUAGCUAGGCAUGUCAUUCCAACCACAACUUCACAAACACCAAACAUUAAGCCCAUUGGUUAUACUGAAAAGUAUGCAGAGCUAGAAAAUCAUAGCAUUGCUAAAAGUGGAAUAAUUGGACAGACAUCUGACCCAAACAGUAACAAUGGCUCACAGGAUAAGAACAAAACUAACGUGAGCAGCCUUCCAGCAAAUGCUUCUUCCCUACAACAGGAGCUGGAACGAGUGGUUAGGUCGGUAAAGAUAAUUGGGGACACUGAUCAUACAGUUACCUUGACCUGGAGGGCUCCUACAGCCAAAAACACCACAAUUUUUAGUGUCCUGUAUGCUAUCUUCGGAGAAAGGGACAUGCGCAGAAUUAAUGUCGGCCCAAGCAAGAACAGGAUCACCAUUGACGGACUCGUGCCAAAGACAAAGUACAUUGCCUGUGUGUGCGUCAAAGGGCUGAUCCCCAAAAAAGAGCAGUGCGUAAUCUUCUCAACAGAUGAAGCUGCCAGUGCUAGUGGAACCCAAAAGCUCAUUAAUGUAGUUGUAAUCACUGUUGCCUGUGUAAUAGCCGUGCCCCUGACACUGAUCGUCUGCUGCGGGGCACUGAAAAGGCGCUACAUAAAAAUGUUUGGGAGAAAGGCAAAAGAAAUCCAAGACUCAUAUGUCACAUUUGAAGCUUUGUCUCCAGGCCCCAAAGCAAAGGGUCUAGAAGGUGAAAGAGUCAACCCAGAAGAGUCUAACCGUCUUCUCUCAACUAGGUCAAGCCUGGAUUCAGAAGCCACUGCUAAAAUUGAAGGGCAGCCCAAUGAGUAUUUCUGUUGA